GUUCCGCGGCCGUUAAUUAUCGCAAAUUUAAAACAUCUCGGAGGAUUUUGAACCGAUAGAUUUUUUUUUUCACUAUUUCCUCUUCUCCUUGUUUUUUUUCAGGAUUAUUUUCAACCACACCGGAUAAUGGUCCAGUAAAUUAUUCUCACCCAUCGUUGAGGGGGGUGUGUAUACACGUAACGUGUAUAUAUAUAUAAUUUUGUGAUUUUUUUUUUUACGCAAGUAUAUCGAUGGAGGGGCGAUAUAUAAAAGUUUGAGGCAUCCGCGUGGUGGAAUCAGAAGUGGCGGCACGUGUAUCACAGUAGCAUGGGUUAUUUUGUAAUUGUUAAUAAAUAAUAAUAUAGAAAGAAGGAGAAAAGAAAAAUAAUUUUCGAUCAACUAAAAGUUCUCUUACUUUUAUCAUAAACGUAUUCAAUUAUGUCGUAUUCGAUUCGCGGUAUUCGUUACAAGUGACGUACGAAAAAAAAAAAAACGAAAAUAUUAAAAAAAAAAAUAAAGGAAAAAGAAACGAUAUAAACGAACUGAUUUAUAUUAUUCGACGUAUAUAUAUAUAUUAUAGAAUCGUAGAUUUCUGUUAAAGGAAAAGACGAGAGAGAGAAAAUAAGAAGAAUGAAAAAUAUGUUGUACAACUGGGAAUUCAGCCAGGGUGACGUUUGGGCGAUCGCGGCGGUAUUCGCGAUAUUUUACGCGAUCUACUCGUUGAACGAUUAUUUCAGGAUCGUCAGAUUCGUAUUGACUUUGGGCGGUCCGCCGACUAUCCCGUUGAUAGGAAAUGCCUACAUAGUUGCCGACGAAACACUGAUGCACCAAAUGUCGCACACCGCCUACAACCAAUACGGUCCGAUAUUCAGAAUUUGGAUGACAGCCUUUCCGGCGGUGGUGUUAUUCGAACCCGCUGACAUUCAGGUGGUGUUGAGCAGCAGCAAACACCUGAAAAAGACCUUCAUUUACCGUAUGCUUCACAAUUUUAUUGGCGACGGAUUGAUAACCAGCGAAUCGGAUCGAUGGAAGACCCACAGGAAGCUCCUUCAGCCGGCGUUUCAUCUUCAGAUAUUAGAGAGAUUCACAAAUUCAUUCGCCGAGUGCGCCGAUCACCUGGUAAACCAAAUCGAUAAUUCCGUUAAGGAGAACGUCAACCUUACGAAAUUCGUCAACGAUUCCGUAAUUAAUAUUCUAAACGAAACUGUACUCGGGGUGACAUUGGCGUCGAAGAAAUUGAAGAAGGAGGACGAAUCACCCUUCCGUAAGGGUCAGGUAAUAGCGCCUUACCGCAUAGUUCACCCUUGGCUACUGGUGAACUGGAUAUACGACAAGACCGCCUACGGACAACAGGAGAACGCUCAUCAGGCUGAGCUUUUCGACAUAUGCAGAAAAAUGAUCGGCGAAAAACGGGAAGCGAUGAGAAAACGUAGGUCGACCAUCCUCGACGAGGAUCGCGGCGACGACGACGCGACGAGGAAGACCUCGCUCUUGGAAUUCAUGGUCGAAGUAAGCGAGAAAAAUCCAACCUUCGACGAGAACGACAUCAUCAACGAAUGCUGCACCUUCAUGCUGGCCGGUCAGGAUUCCGUGGGUUCGGCGGUUGCCAUAACAAUUUUCCUGCUCGCCGCAAACCCCGAAUGGCAGAACAAAUGCGUACGAGAACUGACGGAAAUAUUCGGCGACGACCCCCGAUCCCCGAACAUCAAGGAUCUCAAGGACAUGCGAUGCCUCGAGAUGUGCAUCAAGGAAUCCCUGAGGUUGUACCCCAGCGUUCCGGCGUUCGCCAGAAAAUUGGGGGAAGACACGAGAGUCGGCAAACACGUGAUUCCGGCCGGUUGCGACGUCUUCGUUUCGCCCUACGCGACGCACAGAUUGCCACAUCAUUUUCCGGAUCCGCACACGUUCAAUCCCGCGAGGUUCGAUCCUCAAUCGUCGGAAAAGAGACACCCUUACGCCUACAUACCGUUCAGCGCCGGGCCGAGAAACUGCAUAGGAUACAAAUUCGCAAUGCUGGAGAUGAAAGCGAUGAUCAGCGCGAUACUGAGAAAGUUUCAGCUACACCCGGUACCGGGGAAGGAGGAAAUUCGGCCAAAAUUCCGACUGACCUUGAGGAUCCAGGGUGGCCUGUGGGUCAACUUCAAAACGAGACCGGUAUCGGUAACGAGCGAAAUUUCGAACGACGCCAUUUAGCGCACAGUGAUAUUUACUAAUAUUUUUUUUAUAUAUAUUGUGUGUACAUAUAUAUAUAUAUAUAUAUAUAUGACUCGUACGAUAGUAAACCCGUAGAAGGUGCACAGUAAUUAGAUAUAUACAUAUUAUGUAUAGUAUUGGAAAAUGAAGAGGGAGGUAUUUUAUUGUAACGUCAUUAGAAUGUUUGAAUGGUUGUUGUUGUUUUUUUUUUUUUACGUAUGGUGUGGGAAUUGAAAAUUUAUUCCCGUACAGCUGAGCAAAUGUUGCGUGGUACAUAUUACGUACAUACACAUAUAUUUAUAUAUAUAUAUAUAUGUAUGUGUGUGUGUACGUAUACAUAUGUGCGUGUAUUAUUAUCGGUGCUUCGGUAUCACGUAUGUCUCUACUACUUACCUAUUUAUAUUCGGAAAGGAUAAGUGUACAGUAAAUAAUAAUUGAAAGUAUUUCUGCGUAA